AUGGAGCUGAGCGAGCUGGUCCGUUUCCAGGAACAUCUCCUGGCGAUGUGCCACUUGUCGCAGACAGCUUUGAAGGGAUGCGAUAUUACGGGCCUAGUCUUCGAAGUCGAUCCGGAGGAGGGUCAAGCAUUUCAAAGAUUGGCCUUGGCAGACGGCAACGGUAGAUCCAUGAAGCCCUUCAAAGCUGAGUGGGCCACUGUGAAGGACCUGCCGGUGCAUGUCUCGAAUGACGGGUACCUGCUCGUGGGCAGUAUGGGUCGUGAGUGGACCGACGACGAUGGCUCCGUGGUGCACCGCGAUGCUCAGUGGGUAAAACGAAUAGAUUCGAGCUGGCACGUCCAGAGCCUGGACUGGGGGCAGAGGUUCGAGGCCUUGCGCGCAGCCGUGGAUGCUAAGCUUCCAGGCUACCUGUGGCAUGAGGCCAUCAUUUGGGAUCAAUGGCUGGCAAGAUGGAUCGUUCUGCCUCGCAAGGAGAGUCGGGAGGCCUACUCUCCGACGGCCGACGAGACGCGGGGCACCAACUUGCUUUUGCUCGCCAACGAAGACUUCUCAGUCAUCGAAACACUCCGUGUGGGACCGCCAGAGCCAGAAUGGGGUUUUGCAGCCAUUCGCAAGGUACCAGGUACCAAUGACACCUUUGCUGCACUCAAGGUGCUCGAGGUGGGCAAGCGAACUGCGACGAAGUUGUGCGUGUUCGAUCUCAGCGGCCGCAUGCUCUUGGAGCCUAUCUUCGAAGAUGUGGGUGAGAUGAAGUUCGAGGGCAUGGAGACGGAUGAGCUCGAAAAAAAGCCGAGUGAGGCCGUGCAGCGGCCAUGGCGACACUCUCGGGAGCUAGAUCCAAACCCGAGAAGCCCGAUCUGGAGGAGCUCUGCAGCCCCUGAGCCUCUCGUUUGGGCCCGGAGUCCUGCAGGGUCGAUGCUUUACGGCAGCCAGGAUGGUGGGCCAAAUCUGUGGCAGCCAGAGGCCUUCUCUGAAGCCGCUGAUAGCCUGGUGGCUGGGGAACUGGCACAAAUCUACCAGUUGGUGAAGGCCAAGAGUGACCGUAUGUCGCAAAAAGAGGCAGAGUUGCAUCGCAGCGAGUGCAUCGUUGCAGAAGCGGUUGUUGCAGCCAAGGUCCAUUUGCGCGAAGAGCUUGAUGAGCUGCUGCGCAGCUCUCAGCGAGAGCUGAGGAAGGAGGCAAGCGUCCAAAGACGGCGUCUUGAAGAGCUCUUCCAGAAGGCUCAGGACGAAUUUCGAAAGGCUGUGGAGUGGCGAAGAGAGACACGAACCUUGAAGGGGACCGUGAACAACGAGAUCGAGACCCGCGAGAAGCUCCAGAAAAAAGUUCAGGAGCUUCUGCGGCGAGAGAAGGCCCUGAAGCAACAACACGAGCUCGAGCGAAAGCGCUGGGCAGAAGAGAAGGAGCAGCUACAAAAACAAGCUGUGCUUCAACAAGAUGCUCAGCUGAGGCCAUUUCUUGAGACUUUCGGGGAUCGUAUGUUCGUGCCGAGUGGCAGGGUUCCAUUUCAAGCUCACGAGCCUGCUGCCUCCGUGAGGCGACGCCAAGGUUCGUUGGAAAUCCCAGGGCAUAGCGAGACAGGUUUGGAUGAGGGCAUGACCGGCGAAGAGCACCAGAUUGACGCGGACGAGCUACUGUACCAGGCUGCCGAUGCGUGGAGCUCCCACGGUUCGACCUCCACGGCACGUCUUUCCAAGCCACGGCGGGAGGGCGGGCUCGGACCACUGACGUUGAUUUCUGCUUGGUGGUCCGUCGACACCGUCAUGGUUCGGGGCCCACGUGGGCUGUGGGGUUGUGCAGCGCUGCUUGCCUCAGAGCCGCUGAAGAAUCAGGAGCAGCAAAGCUGGUUCCUUCGACGCUGGGUUUGGACUGCGCUACAGACCGAUGCCAAGCACCUUUGGCAGCUUGAAGCGGAGUCCAUCAAGGUCCGCAAGAGCGCACCGCCGCUUCCGCGGGACCUUCCUUGCUUGAAGCCGGACGCGAUGGAGCUGCCCUCAUGCGAUUGUAGAUGGCUCUGCCAUGACCGGUGCAUGAUCGGGCUCCCAGGUGAGAUCCCCGAGGGGGGAUCCGGGGAAGCCUCGCCCAGCAGCUCUCAUGGAUCGCCUUCGGAGGGCGAUCCGGCAUUCAAUGUAGAUCGAUUAAUACACAAAUGGUGCCACAGGCAACUUAGCGAUCUGCUGAGCAAGCUUUCCCUUGAGCCGGAGGGCGCACCUUUUCUGGUGCCGGUGAACUGGCAGGAACUGGGCUUGAAUGAUUAUCCAGACAUUGUUGAGACACCCAUGGACCUCCACACAAUUAGCAAGCGCCUCAACAUGGGACAUUACGAUGAUGUGGAUGGCCUGAUCGAUCCUGAGCUGAUGUUCAAGGACGUUUCUCUUUGUUGGGACAACUGCAUGAAAUAUUUUGAAAAUGACGCCGAAGUUGAAGCGGUGCAGAUGGCUCUGGCCAUGUCAUCUGCAGCCGCGAUCUUGGAAGGAGAGUUUUGGGCUGAUCUCAUGUCAUUCGAAGAAUCCCUUGAGAAGAGCCCGUUCAAGGCCCGGCUGGCCAUAGCUGCUGCCAUUAUGGGAGAUAAUGUCAAGAAAGUAGCGAAGCGGAGCCGGCGCAAGACCACUGUCCUUGCCAAUGACAUGGUCAAGUAUGCGGCGGACUGGUGGCAAGGAAGCCGCCAUGAGUCGCCCUUCUGGAGCUCGCACCACCGCGAUCACUUGAUCGGUCGGGCAUGGCCAUCGCGGUUCAAGCGCGCCAUUGCUGUUGUCCGGGAGACCGUUCGCAGAGUUCCUUUGUCCCUUCUCAGCUCUGAGCAGGCCAUUCAAACGUUCCUGAAGCCACUGGCAGAGUCAAUCUUGCGGACAGCGUCGUCCUUGUCCAUGCCAUCAGGAGUUCGCAUUGUGCACGACACCAUUGCUGACGUCCGUGGUGAGUGGAUCCUGCCAGAUUCCGUUGAGCCACGCGCUCAUGUGGAGCAGGUCCUCGUGUGGGCUCAUGGUGGUGGCUUCGUUCUUUGCUCCCCCGCCACACACCGCUUCUUCCUUGCGAAGAUCGUCGUGCACACAGGCGUGCCGACUUUUUGCGUCAACUUCCGCCAGCCUCCAAGCCACCCUUUCCCGGUGCCGAAAAACGAUGUCAUCCAGGCAUACAAGGGCAUCCUCAAGAGCGGCAUUGCAGAUGUCAUCUUCCUUGGUGGCGACAGUGCUGGAGGCAACCUUGUUCUCUCGCUUACGCAGGAGCUGGCCAAAGAUGCAGAGAGUAUCGAGAACUCUUUGCCACUACCGGAGGGUUUGAUUCUACUAUCUCCUUGGGUGGACUUGUCCGACACAACCGAGGAGUCUUGGCAAAAAUAUGCAGAUGUGGACUACAUCCCGGCGAAGCAAGCCGAGGUUAUAGCAGGGAUUUAUGCCAAAGGCAUCCCGCUUGAAGAUGUUCGGGUUUCACCAGGUCGCUGCAAACGUUGGCCCACGUCGUUUCCAAGAACUUUAUUGGACUACGGUGGUUGUGAGGUUUUCCGGUCGCAGAUUGAGCGGCUGGCCAGCCACAUGAAGAGACAUGGAAUUGAGCUGGAUGCCUCAGUAGAGCACGGCAUGGUUCAUUGCUAUCCUCAACUCGAGCACCUUUGGGGUCCUGACCCAGGUGGACCUUUUGACAAGUAUUUCCAACGUGUUUCGACCUUCAUGGCGAUGAAGUAUUUUUGA